UCUUUCGAUCUCUCUCUCUCUCUGUCUUUCUCUGUUUCUGGGUUUUUUUUUUGGGUUUUCUUGUUUUAGGUUUAUGAUUGGAUACUUUUUAUCUGCACUUGAAUCUCGUUUCUCAUUUCCUUAAUUUACGUAGAGAGUGAGAAUUUCUCUUCUUCCUAUCAGAUAACCAAGGCAAGGGUUUGAAUUUUCCGCACCGAAAACUUUUGAAUCACUGGUCACCGAUCUCAGGAGCUAUCGAAUCGAGUUUGGAAUAAGCUCUAAACAUGCGGAGGCGUCAAUAGUAACAUCAGCAAUGUCUUUCUCCUCGAAUAACAUUAACAUUCCGGGUUCAUUGGUUCUUGAUGGGUCUGCUUCUAUGCAACACUUGUCUCAGCAGCAGCAAGCAGGACAAGAUUCAAUUCCAGUUCCGAUGAGGGACAACAAUUAUCUCCAUGUUGAUAAGAAACCCAGAUUAGAAGUGAAGCAAGAGGACUUGUUGCAGCAGCAGAUCUUACAGCAAUUGAUCCAGCGACAGGACCCCACGGGAAGGAAUCCCCAGUUGCAAGCUUUGCUUCAUCAGCAGAGACUGAGGCAACAGCAGCAGAUUCUUCAAUCCAUGUCACCUUCUCAGAGACUCCAAUUCCAGCAACAGCAGCAGUUGAGACAGCAAUUGCAGCAGCAAGGCACUCAACACAUCCCUCCUAAUGUACGUCCUUAUGAAGUUGGCGUCUGUGCUCGCAAACUGAUGAUGUACUUGUAUCAUCUUCAACAACGACCUGCUGAAAAUUGCAUUACCUAUUGGAGGAAAUUUGUGGCAGAAUACUUCUCACCUCGUGCAAAGCAAAGGCUGUGCUUGUCACAGUACGAAAGUUCUGGGCACCAUGUGCUUGGCAUGUUUCAACAGGCAGCUCCGGAUAUUUGGCAAUGUGAUCUUUGCGGCACCAAGUCUGGAAAAGGAUUUGAGGCAACUUUCGAUGUGCUUGCCAGACUUAUUGAAAUCAAAUUUGCUAGUGGAAUCAUUGAUGAGCUUUUAUAUCUGGAUCACCCACGAGAAAACAGAUUUCCCAAUGGACUGAUGAUGUUAGAAUAUAGAAAAGCAGUUCAGGAAUCUGUACAUGAGCAGUUUCGUGUUGUCCGUGAGGGCCAUCUUCGCAUCAUAUUCUCUCAAGAUUUGAAGAUAUUGUCUUGGGAGUUUUGUGCUCGGCGGCAUGAAGAGCUUCUUCUUCGCAGACUUAUUGCUCCGCAGGUGAACCAGUUGCUUCAGGUUGCACAGAAAUGCCAGAGCACGAUCUCAGAAAGUGGGUCAGAGGGAGUUUCUCAGCAGAAUUUACAAUCAAACAGUAACAUGGUCUUGGGAGCGGGACGGCAGCUGGCAAAGUUCAUGGAAUUACAGUCGCUGAAUGAUCUUGGCUAUCCAAAAAGAUAUAUCAGAACUCUACAGAUAUCUGAAGUUGUCAAGAGCAUGAAAGAUCUGAUGAAUUUCACUGGCGAGCACAAAAUUGGCCCUGUUGAGGGAUUGAAACGGCUUUUGGAACAGACGGAGACAAUGAAGCUCCAGAGGCAAAAAAUGCAAGAGAUGGAGCAGUUGGGGAAUAGUGGGUCUAUGAAUGGGUCAGCUCAAGCUCAGAUGGCGUUGACUCCAGGAACGAUGAAUGGCCUAACUGGCAACAACAACUCCAACAAUCACCAUCAAGUUGCUGGUCGUGGGGCUAUGAAUGGGUCGGCUCAAGCUGCAGCAGCUCUGACCAGCUACCAAAACAUGCUUAUGAGGCAAAAUGCUAUGAAUAACCAAAACUCAAAUACAGGCAAACAAGAGGGGUUCCCGAGUCAGAACCCAACCCCCAACUCAAACCAGAACCCGUCUUCUUCGUCCCGUCAGAGACUGAACGUAGCAACUGGUGGAUUUCCCAGCUCUCCCCAAAUGCAACAGCAGCACCGCACCAUGAACGGCGCUCCCAACAUGCUUCAGCAGAAUCUUCCUCUUCAUUUGCAACCACAGCAUUCACAUGGUAACAAUCAGGAGCAGCAGAUGCUUAACCAGCUGUUGCAGGGGAUGUCUGAAAACGGAGGAACCUUGCAACCGCAACAAGCCUUUUCAGGUCAAAGUGGUGGCAACAGUAACGCAGAGAGAAACCCAGCUGCCUCCACUUCCAGCAUCUCAGGAGGAGGAGGCCGAGUUCCAAGCCGCAACAACAGCUUCAAAGCAGCCUCAAACAACAACCUUCAUUUGGCAGAAGAUAUAUCGGUUACAGAGCUGUCUCACGAUUUUUCAGAAGACAGCUUCUUCAACAACAGCGAUAUUUAUGGCGCCUUAUAAUAUUCCAACAGAAAAGAGGCAUUGUUACUUUGACUUAACACAGUGAAAGAGAGUUUAGGCUUUAUGUUUCUCAUUUAGGUUGGUUUGGUCUUUGUAUAGAAACCAAAAAGAUAUGAGACCACUGAAGUAAAUUGUGAUUUGUUGUAACCUACAUAGAUUAGGCACUUUAUCAUCUUCUUCGUUUCCCAUUUUAAUAAAUAGUAUGAUGCAUAUAGGGAGGGGA